AUGCUAGUUUUUAUUUUAUUUACAUUUUUCUCCAAAAUUUUUAUUUUUGCUUCCACAAAUCAAAAUAUAAUUGAAGAACCUUUAAAUUCUACAAAUAAAAGCAGAGCUUUGUCCUUUCUUAAAGAAAAGAUCUUAAAUUCAGAAGAUGAUCAACAAACAGCUUUCCGUCAAAAUACCCAAGAAGUUCACGAUCCUAGAAAGCCAAUUUUAAUUAGUUAUUUGGCGGCUGUUUCUCAAUUUUCUCAACUUAUUUUUGAUAAACUCCAGGAUGUAGCUAACAGUAGAAGUAAUGAAUUGGCCGAUUUUAGUAGUUUAAUGAAUGGACAUAGCUGCUUUAGUACUGAAUUUGAAGGGUCAAUGAUUUCUGGAGCAUUACAAGUUGCUAUUGAUUAUGUAAAUAAUAAUCCUGAUAUGUUACCUGGUUAUAAAUUAAAAUAUAUUUUCAACAACACUUGCGGCGAUGAAAUGAGAAGUUUGUUUAAAUUUAAAACUAGCUGCAGGAUAAAUAGCUGA